GCCGUAUCCACUUAUACGCACUUAGAUAACACCAGCCACAUUGACGCCUGUUGUCUGUUGUCUUCCCCGCACGCAAGGAGUCAAACCCAUCAGCACGACAUGGAAGCAUCCGCACAGGCUAUGGAGAAAGGUCCCUUGCCGCCGAAAAGGCGGUCCAAGUCGCGGUCGGGUUGUCAGCGUUGCAAGCAGCGACACAUCAAAUGCGAUGAGCGCGUACCCUUCUGUGGUCCGUGUUUGAAAAGGGGGUUCAGCUGCCCGGGAUACCGACAGCCGAUGAAAUGGCGUUACUUGGAUGCAUCUGGGCAAUCCCUGCGCCGGCCUGAGGUCGAGGCAGACCGCAAUCUUCUUUCAGAGGGCGAUGCUGAUACAUUCACCCAACCUGCUACCUCGGUGGGUAUUCGAAAUCCGCGCGAAUCAGCAGUAAAUGACAACCUCACCACCUUUGGGGCCUCUGCAAAUACCAGUGAACAACAAAGACACAACCGGCAGGAUAUCACUACGGAGUCAUGGGAUCGUGAUCGCAUGAUCGGCGAUGGUUGCGGCAGCUCCAGCGACCUUUUCCCCCUCAGCUUCUCCAAUGAUCUGGCAACAGAAAACAUCUGGAACAUGGGCAACGACGUCAUGGAUUCAUUGCUAGACAACAAUGAACUGAAUACGGAGUUUCUGUAUCCUCUGUUCAAGCCAAUUAGUGACAACGAUGUGGUUCUAUCAACCCAUUACUUUUCCAACGUUUGUCCAAUCAAUUCCUGCUUCGAUUCACAGCUGAACCCCCUUCGCUCUGUCAUGGCAGACUUGAAAUCCUCCCAGCUGGUCUUCCAUCUUGUCAUGAUGACCUCGGCCUCUCACCUCUGUCACCAGAAUAACGAGAUGUCUUCGGUGGCACAGCAGCACCGACGAUAUGCGAUCUCAGUUCUGAAAGAGGAGAGAAAUGUAACCGGAAAAAAGAGAUUCGAAGCUGUGCUGGGCAGUGCUCUAUUGGGCAUGACAUCUGCUUGGCAGGAUUCAAGGACACUAGGGAUAUCACAUAUUCACACUGCUCGUGCGCUUCUUCAAGCGUCCAUAACCGGGCCCGAGAAGUCGAGCGAUUCUCUGUCCACCUCUUUCUUGGUUGGGAUCAUGGCUUAUUGGGAAGCUAUGGUGUCAAUUAUCAUCAUCCAGAGCCCGAGUUCUCUUGACUACCUGACUCCAUUCUGCGAGCAAGAAAGUCAUGAUGUGCUCGUUUACCCGAAUCCAUGGACCGGGGCCUCGACUACCUUGUUCAUUUAUGCUGCCCAAGCUAGCACUCUUUGUCGCCAAAAUCGUGUUACAAAGGUGCUGAAUACCUCGAUGCCCUCUGCCGAGAUCUGUGAAGGUAUCUUCAGUGAGCAGUUCAAGAAGGCCGCCGAGCUGGAGGCAAAGGUCUUACAAUAUUCUCCUCCCAUGCUUGAUCGCAUCAGAGACCCAGACGAUCGAUUUACACCCGUGUCGCACUUUCAACACCUGGCACAAAUAUACCGAUUCUCUAUUCUGCUCCAAUUGUAUCUCACGUUUCCGGAUCUUUUACGAAUGUCAAGUGCAACAGUGUCAGCCUUCGAUACCAUCACUUCGAGUGCAAGUGGCGCGAUCCAACGAUCCCCUAAAGAGACUAUGUUAUGGCUGGCUGUCAACAUCCUGAGUCUCAUAUCAUCAGUUCCUGAAUCAUCUGGUAUCAAAUAUCUCUUAACAGUGCCACUUAUAAUUUCGGGGAGUGCACUACAGAAGAUCGAAAGCCAUGAACAAGGCAUUGGUAUUCCCCUUGAAACAAGCACUUCCAGAAUCGAGAAAGAAAUUCAUUCUUUGCACUGCUCGGAUUUCAUGAUUCUUCACUGGCGGUCUGUUGUGCGUCACAAAUUGAAAGUCCUACACGAUUCUGUUGGCCUUGAUCCAGUACGCCGAGCUUUGCAGCUCCUCGAAGCAGUUUGGCUCCGAUCGGACUUAUCCUUUUCAAACAGAGCGAAUGAUUCUGCCCUGGUAUUUGUCCAUUGGUUGGAUGUCAUGGUUGAAGAGCGACUAGAAUCAAUCUUUGGUUAGUCUAUGAACUUAGCUG